AUGUCCGGAACAGGGGACCUUCCUAAAGGAAAGCACCAGAAGCAUUCACAAAGGAAACGAACCAUGUUCACUGAGAAACAACUGGCCGAUUUGGAAUCUUUGUUCAGCAAGAACCCAUACCCCACUCCCAGCCUUCAGAAAGAAAUGGCCUCGAAACUGGAGAUGCAUCCCACCGUACUGCAGGUGUGGUUCAAGAACCACAGAGCAAAACUCAAGAAAGCCAAACAGCAAUUAGCGGAGCAAUAAGUCAAGACCAGCUCUUCCAAGGGACCCAUGGAUGCCCCUCCAGGACUCCCCCGUGGUGCCCACCAAGCCUCCCUGGUUUAUACAGAUCACCCAACACCUUCCUUCCAGCUCAGCAUAUGCUCCAAUAUGAAGGUUCUCCCAGACCAUUCCAUUGGCCGCAAAAUCGUCCACUUUGGCUGUUGCGGAGACCUUAACAUCUACUCCCUUUGUCCCAUUAUGGAAUCUCAAAUUCUUCCCACAAGCUUCUCUGCUUAUUCUCUUGGUUCUUCGUCUCCACAAAGAACUUAA